AUGAACGAGAAUGUUCAAUUUUUGUUUUCUCUCUUGCAAGAAGAGGGAUCCAAACCACUCAACAUUGAUCUUAUCGAUAUUAUUGGCAAACUCAAUGACCCAAAAAUCAAAGAGGCGGUAACUGCUAAACGCCUCAAAGACCUAGAAGUGCUGCUGCGUUUCAGACUCUGCCGCCGUGCGCCGUAUGUAAACUGGAGAGAGCAAAACUACCAGUAUGAGGAAAAGCGGCUCUUCAUCGACCUUCAGAAUAUCACGUAUAUCGAUUUCUUGGAGAAUAUCGAAGUGGAGAUGUAA